CCCCACACCAAGAACUCUUCACCUCAUCACCGAGUUUUUUUUUAGCUCCUCCUCUCGCCUACCUCUUCACCUCAAACUUUCUUUAUUUACCGUUUGAUCUCAACUUUUUCUUUGAUCACAUCUCUCUAAGCUAUGGAAAUUAAGAAAGCUGUGUUGAAAUUGGAGUUGCAUGAUAAGAAAGCCAAGAAAAAAGCCAUGACGAUAGUCUCUGGUCUUUCAGGGGUGGAUUCAGUAUCCAUCGACAUGAAGGACAAGAAGAUGACAGUGAUAGGGGACAUUGAUCCAGUAUGCAUAGUGGCCAAACUGAGAAAGCUGUGUGGCACAGAAAUAGUCACAGUAGGACCGGCAAAAGAGCCUGAGAAGAAAAAAGAUGAGCCGCCGAAGAAGCCAGAAGGAGAUCAGAAGAAAGAUCCCGAGCCUGUGGCUUACCUGGCCUAUCAUCCUCAUAUGCCCCCAUAUUGUUAUGUUUCAUGUGUAGAGGAUAAUCAAAAUGCUUGUGUCAUUUCUUAAUUUGAUGUUAAAAACAAAUAUAAUAUAUAGAGAUGAAAUAAGUGGAAAAAAAUAAUAUAGCUUAUUGGUGGGUUUGGGAAAUUUGGGUGGUUAUUAGAACUUCGUUAGUGAUUACACUACAGCUGUACAAAAGUUGAUGUGGUUAUUAGAACUUCGUUAGUAAUUUAACGACCAUAUAAAAAAAACUUAUUGGUGUGGGGUUGUUUUAUAUUAAUGAAUUGUGGGUCUUAUUUUGGUAUUAA